AUGUGGGAACAAUUCAACAAGAUUAGAGGCUCUGAGAAAUCACUCAAUACAUCAACCGUACAGCAUAUUGAUGCCAACACACUCAACACCCACUUUGCUUCCAUUUCAACCGACCCGUCCUACAAAAUUCCACCAACAAAAGCAACAACAAUCAAUAGUCAUCAACAUCAUCAAUUUACCCCAUACUCCGUCCUGCACAUGCUAACGAAGGCUUGCCCAUCCGGUACAGGCUUUCAAACAUUUCACGCACUCAAAACACUCCGUUCACAUGGUCUCAGAGGCGUCAAAUUAUUCGACAUCACCGAAUCACUCAUCAUCUCACGCAUCAAAUAUGCAGCUCCCUCCUGGUCUGGUUUUGCCACGCAACAACAACUUCAGCAGCUACAAUCUCUCAUCAAAAAACUAAUUCGCUUCAACUAUCUACCUGCAUCAUAUCCUACCCACCUACCGUCACUCAGAUAUUCAACACACUCAAUUCAAGGCUGUUCAAGAAAAUAG